AUGUUUGCAGGCGAACGAGAAGACGUUCAGAAGCGAACGUUCACAAAAUGGAUGAACAGUCGACUGGUUCGCGCCAACAAACAACCGAUCCAGAAUUUCGUAGAGGAUCUCAGAGAUGGGAUCGUCCUGAUGCAACUCCUAGAGAUCCUGACUGGGAAAAACCUGAACCCAGAGAGAGGUAGUAGUCGAGUUCACCAGUUGAACAACGUAGACCACAUCAUCAAGUUCAUGGAGAAACAUUAUAACAUCAAGCUGGUUAAUAUAAGUAGUGACGAUGUUGUUGAUGGAAAUCUCAAACUCAUUCUUGGGCUAGUCUGGAACAUUGUUCUACAUUGGCAGGUCUGUCUGUCUCUUUGUCUAAUCGUCUGUUUGUUUGUUGGUUUGUUUGUCUGUCUGCCUGUGUUUGUCUGUUGA